AUGGAAAGUCUUCACUGCGUUGCCCUCCUGUUAUUCGCUUUUCAAUUGCUCUUUCCACGUCUAGUCUUGACUCUGCCUGCGACUCUCUCUAGCCGGCAAUCGACCACUAUCCCCAAAUUCGUUAGCGAUUACGCUCCACUUGUGUGGCUAGAAUCCAAUGACAAAUACAAUCCCAGCGAUAUUGGCAACCAGCUUGUCCACACUCAGCCAGAGAAAGACUUUAAGGUUGUUGCUGGAGCGCCGAACCCAUUGACGCUUGACAACCUUGACCAGUUGAAUGGCCUAGACGGAGCCAAUGUUUAUCUCACAUCAUCAACAGAUCCCCCCUGGCUCUUUGGAGUCCGGCCUGAAGGUAGCGGCAAGACUGUUGGAGCAACUAGUUGUGCCGUCAUUGUCAACGACCAUGGAAGUGGUUUAGUCGAUGCCUUCUACAUGUACUUUUACGCCUUCGACUUCGGUGGGGUGUACUUUGGCCAGCAAGUGGGAAAUCACGUUGGGGAUUGGGAGCAUACCAUGGUCCGAUUUCAGGAUGCAAAGCCUCAAGCGAUCUGGUUCAGCCAGCAUUCUUUUGGAGAAGCUUUUACGUAUGACACAGUAGAGAAACAAGGAAUUCGACCAGUUGCAUACUCAGCAAACGGAACCCAUGCGAAUUAUGCCACAUCAGGCACUCACGAUCAUACACUACCGGGCGUCAGUGGGAGCCAGGGAUUGCUAGAGGAUCAUUGCGACAAAGGGACGCUGUGGGAUCCGCUGCUCGGCGCCUAUUUCUACCAGUUUGAUGCUUCAACUCAAGCUUUUGCUGCAUACGAUGGGUCUAGCCCUGUCAAGUGGUUGAGCUUUGCGGGAAAGUUCGGAGAUAAACAGUAUCCGGACUCGGACCCCAGACAGCAUAAGAUCUUUGGCAUCGAUGCAACUGCAAAAUUCACAGAUGGACCUACAGGGCCUAUCAGUAAAGAUCUCAAUAGAACAGACCAACUCACCAUCGUGACAGCCCGCUAUCCACAACGUAUCAAGGCUUCCAAACACCCGCCUAUUCGUCCAUUUGUUCUUUACAGGCACAAAUCUUCCUACAUCAUUAUGAAUGGGUCUUCGGUAUCACCGCAAACAUCGGCUGUACCUCGGUCUUUCGUGUCAACCCACGAGCAGUCUCAUGCGACAUCCUCCACAAAUGCAACCCUGGACUCCAAUGGAUCGCUACGCCGAAAAAGUUCUUUUAAUUUCCUUCGCCGCACGAAGUCGCGCGAUCGGUCGGCGUCGACAGGCAGCGCUCCGCAGAGGAAGCUGAGCAAGAAGGAGUCGAAAAGGAUGCGCGAAGAGGAGAUCAAACGUAUGCAGAAUCAAAUACCUGCCGGCCCACCUCGUAUACCAGUCGUCCCGUCACAACCUCAAAUUCAAAGCUUUGGCGGAGAAGGCGCGAAACAGGUUUCAGCGUCCAUCAUGUCGAACAGAGCAGCAGGUACUUUCCCUCAGAGAUUAGCUCAAAAGACCUCGCAGGAAAAUAUUGGGGCAAAUUACUAUCGAGGAAUGCCCGUCCCCCCCGUCCCACCAGUACCUCCAAUUCCAGGUCACACCGCCGGGGGGUUCGGUGAUGCCGGUGAAAGCAUGGCAAAUCGUGGGAGAUAUAGUUAUGCUAGCAGUGCUAUCAGUACCAUCAAUAGUCCCAGGAAGAUCCGGAGAAGAAAAGAUCCGAUCCCCUUCAAGUAA